GUAGUAUCAGUUCAACUUAAGGUAGUUGAGAUGCUAAGUGCAUGUACAUGUACAUGCCUCGUGUUUUGUGUGCAUGAAAUCAUCAUCUGUUGCAGUUAUUGAUUUGUUUAAUGUUUAAUUUUAAGUCAGUUGCAUUUUGCACAGUCUCUGAAUAAGUUAAAAACGUUGGUGUAUAAACUUACAUAUACUUACAUCUAAUACAGCGACUAUCACACUUAUCUGUUCAGCUAAUCUCAACAAAUCGAAUGAUGGAUGUAAACAUAAUACGUUAUAUUUUAAUUUUUUUAACAGUCGUGUACGGAUCGAUGGUGUUAUUAAUUGCUUAUAUGAAACCUUAUUUACCUAAAGCGUUAAUUCGUUUUAGUCUUUAUGGUAAGAUUAACAUAAAGACCCACCAUCCUACAAUAACAAAAAUCGAAAUUCCCAAAAAAUCUUAUGGACAAGUAUAUCUUAUCGUUGGACCUACGUUGAUUAUUUUAUUUUAUUUAGCUUUAAAUAAAUAUUUGUAUAAUGAAAGUAUCCCCGAAAAUCUGCUUUCAUUAUUAGAUAUAUUAUUAGGUGAAUCACGGAAGCCCUCAGUAUCAGCGGAAAGCACAAUUUUAGCAAUUAUUCUGUUUUUUGUACAUUGCUGGAAAAGAGCAUACGAAACAUACUAUGUCUGUGUAUAUAGUAAUCAAAAAAUGAACAUAGUUCAAUACAUACUUUCAUUUGUGUAUUACUUAACAUUUGUGGCAUCUCUAAUAGGAGAAUCAAAAGGGUUUGUCAGAGGUUCGCAUGCGAAUUUUUUUUUACAUAAAUUAACAGCUAUACAACCGAUAUGUGCAUUUAUAUUUUUAUGCUCAACGUAUAUGCAACUUAGAACGAAUUAUAUUCUUGCUGGUUUGCGUAAGAAUCAACAUGGAGACGUUGUAACCAAAGAACACAAGAUACCUUUUGGUGAAUUAUUUAAUUACAUAUCUAAUCCAUUAGAACUUACGGAAAUAUUGGUGUACCUAAUGCUGUCUACGAUCCUUUGGCAAGCUUCUACAUUUCAUUACAUUACUGUUUUCGUCAUACUGAAUCAGGUCGCACGUGCAUUUUUUUCUGAUCAAUGGUAUCGAAACACUUUCAAAAAUUAUCCAAAACAGAGAAAAAUCUUAAUUCCUUAUAUCUGGUGAUUUAUCAUGUGAUUUUAACUUAAUCUUUUACACAAUCAAUACGAAAGAAUUAACAAUAUAUAUGUAUACACUUUGCGCAAGGUAUUUUAAAAAUAUUCUACUUUUUAAUAUUUGUUUCAUAGUUCUUUAUUAAUUUUAUGGUUUUUUUAGUUCUAGAACAUUUACGUAUUAAACUUUUAUUUUGUUUUAAAAUACUGUUUUUAUAAAUACAGCUAAUUGCGCUAAUA